AUCGCGAUCAUCAGUGCGGGUCAGUUGGGUUUGGGUGCGUUCAACGCCUGUCGGGAACAGCACUUCGACGAUGUGUUCGUAUAUGAGAGGUCUGACAGUCUGUGCGGUCUGUGGGCUAAUAGGGAUGAAACACAACGGGAGGCCUGCGAUACCGGCGCCCGACUAUUGCCGACCACAACACUAAACAGUAGUAAAGAGAUGAACGCCUACUCAGACUUUCCGUUCCCACAACACUAUCCCAAUUAUGUUUACCACACGCUUACGAGAGAAUACCUGUUAUUAUACGCGGAGAGAAUCAGUAUUAAAAAGUACGUAAAACUACGGCACGAGUUAAUUGGUUGUCAGCAAAACGCGGACUACAACCGGACGAGCAGAUGGAGGCUAACGGUGCGCGACAUAGACAACGACCGGGUGUUUGACGCGGUGUUUGAUGGGGUAAUUGUAUGCGCCGGACGUUAUCACCGGCCGGUUAUACCCGACAUAAAGAAUCGGCACUUAUUUGCGGGACUUGUUGUGCACACAAACACUGUGUCGGACACGACUGGGUUAGAGAGCCAGCGGGUGGUUGUGUUGGGCGUCGGCAACUCAGGCAUUGAUGUGGCGGUCAAGUUGGCCAAAACUAAAUUACAAUAUGACCAGGUGUACUUAUCGUCGCGUACCGGGUGUUGGAUAUUUGGCCGAUUUUUUAAUAAGGGUAUACCGACUGAUACUUUCGGAUUGAGACGUUGUUUUGAUUGGAUGUUUAAGGGCUGGACGUACCCAAUGGCCAGUCGAUUAGUCACAACAUACCUAAACAAAACCCAAUUUGACCACAAAUUAUUUGAACUUAAGCCGAAGCACCGGGUGUUUGGUGCGAUAGCAAUCAUCGGUGCGGGUCAGUCGGGUUUGGGUGCGUUCAACGCGUGUCGGGAACAGCACUUCGACGAUGUGGUCGUGUAUGAGAGGUCCGACAGUCUGUGCGAUGAAACACAACGGGAGGCCUCCGAUGCCGGCGCCCGACUAUUGCCGACCACAACACUAAACAGUAGUAAAGAAUUGAACGCAUACUCGGACUUCCCGUUCCCACAACACUAUCCCAAUUAUGUUCACCACAUGCUUAUGGACUACGACCGGACGGGCCGAUGGAGGCUAACGGUGCGCGACAUCGACAACGACCAGGUGUUUGACAACGUGGUCGACGGUGUAAUUGUAUGCGCCGGACGUUAUCACCGGCCGGUUAUACCCGACAUAAAGAAUCGACAUUUAUAUGCGGGACGUGUUGUGCACUCAAACCUAUUGUCGGACACGACUGGGUUAGAGGGCCAGUGGGUGGUUGUGUUGGGCGUCGGCAACUCAGGCAUCGAUAUAGCGGUCGAGUUGACCAAACCUAAGCACCGGGUGUUUUCUCAGGGCGUAGUGUUUAGUGAUGAUCUGGCUAACAAUAUUAUGAAGGGUUCAAUUACGAUUAAAAGCAAUAUACAAGAAUUCACGACGACCGGGGUUAUAUUUGAAGGCGAAACUGUUGAGACACCGUGCGAUACCGUCAUAUACGGCACCGGUUACCAACAGUGGUACCCAUAUUUGCCGGACGAGUUACGCCCAGAGCUGAACCCCUACCUGCGGCUAUACAAACACAUAUUCUACCCGCACCUAAAACACGCGCACACUCUGGCCAUUACGUUCAAUAUGACGCCCGCCGGUGCGGCCAAUCCGAUGGUUGAGCAACAAUAUAGAUAUUUUGCGCUAUUGAUGGCCGACAGGUGCCGACUGCCGUCCGAGAAACGUAUGCUCCGGGAUAUCCGGCGCCAGAAGGCGUGGGUUAUCCGGUACUAUCCACGGUAUAACAAGCACUCAACGCACGUGCGAUAUAUUAAAUAUAUGGAUGAAUUGGCCCGAGAAAUGGGUGUUAAGCCACGGCUCUGGAAGUACGCGUUCACUGAUCCGAAGCUCUGGUGGCGCGUAUACGCCGGUCCCUGCGUUCCCUAUCAGUACAGAUUAGAUGGCCCUAAUUCAUGGCCCGACGCCCGGGAAGCCAUACUGACAGUCGACCCACCGAUUAGAGUCCCAUUCAAAAUACGUGUCAAUAUA